AUGCUACGCGGGGGACGACGUGCAGGCCUGCUAUGGGAGCUUCCCACGGUUGCCGGGACCAACAGGAUUGACUCGAUGCUGGUGUACUCGGCAGGUGCCGAGAUUAAUCGAAGACGAGCAGGCCCUGUUGUGCCGAGAUUAAUUGACGACGAGCAGGCCCUGCUGUCGGAGCUUCCCACGUUUGUCGGGCCCAAUGGGAUUGACUCGCUGGUGUACUCGGCGAGUGUCAAGAUUAAUCAGCUGCAGUGGUCGGCGACCCAGCCCGAUUGGAUCGCGAUUGCAUUUGGGAAACAAUGUAGAUGCUCAAGGUUUGGGGUGUAA